UCGGCGUAUCAUCAUCAAUAAUACCCUAGUACCAUGAAGUGCGUGUUCCAAUUAAGUGUCGGGAAAGUGUUUUGUCUACUUGCACUUUGUAUCACCCCGGACGCUUUUCCGUACAAACAGUCAUGUUCUGAUUGCUUGCCGGACGACGAAGAAUGCCUACUAAAAUGUGUCCUACAGAAUCAGGAAACGAACGACAUUGAUUCCAUGUUACUUGUUUCCUCAAACAGGAAACGUUAUCAGCACCAACUUAGAUUUGGAAAGCGAAGUUCAGAUGGAAUUACGGGUCAGCCAAAUAUUCUAGAUGAAGCAUUUCGGCCGCAGCUACGGUUCGGUAAGCGUUCAAACAUACCAUCAAAGCGGGCAUUUAUGUCUCAUAUACGAUUCGGAAAACGUGAUUUCCAGCUAGAAAACCGACCAUUCUUACCACAAGGAAUGUUUGGACGAGUACAAGAAGGACAGGCGUCUUCUGGGAACUCGCCAAGUAUCGAUACGGGAAUUUCGGGAAUACCAAGAAUGUUUUGUAACAAACGUCAAGAAAAAAGGUUUCGGCCACAAGGUCGAUUUGGAAAAAGACUCAAUCCAAGUUCAGAGACAAUUAAUGACGACAAUGAUAUACAGUUAUACACAGGUAAAUUCAUCAUCGAUCUUACAAACAAAGCACCAAUGUUCAGUCUUUAG